UUUCUGAGGUUUCUGAUUACAUAUCUAGGGUUUUUGAUUUCCCCACAUUCUUCUUCAUUCUUCUUUCUGUUCACAUUAAAAAAUAAAAUUAAAAUGACAAAAUUCAGGAAACUUAACCGACCCACGGGUCAUCGUAUGUCGAUGCUUAGAACAAUGGUUUCGCAGUUGGUAAAGCACGAGCGCAUUGAAACUACUGUUGCCAAGGCAAAGGAGAUUCGGCGGCUUGCUGAUAAUAUGGUACAGCUCGGGAAAGAGGGUUCACUUUCUGCUGCAAGGCGUGCUGCUGCUUUUGUGCGAGGGGAUGCUGUCAUUCACAAGCUAUUUACAGAACUGGCAUAUCGAUACAAAGAUAGAGCAGGUGGAUAUACUAGACUGCUUCGAACUCGCAUACGAGUUGGUGAUGCUGCACCAAUGGCCUAUAUUGAGUUCAUUGACAGAGAAAAUGAGCUUAGACAGUCAAAACCACCAACUCCUCAGCCACCGCAGAGAGCUCCCCUGGAUCCUUGGACAAAAUCCCGGCUGAGCAGGCAGUUUGCACCCCCUAAAGAGGAGAAAAACUCUGAACCUGAGAUAUAAAACAUGAGCUGUUAUUCUCACAUAGUGUUUUCAUCAUCUCUUUAGAUGCUGAAUCUGUAAUUUAUCCUGAUGCAGCGCACUUAAGCAUUCUUGGCAAAGUUUAUAUCGGUACUGCAUCUCAUUCUCUCCAGCGACUGCUACUGGGAAAUUCCAGGAAGCAUGAAUCAAAGUGUUCCUUCUGUUUUUUAAUAAUCUGAAAAGACUUUAAAUGUUGUACAAAUCGGGGGCAUUUUUGCUUUUAGUAGCUAAAUUUAUCCUAUUA